AUGGCGCCCAACGGCAUGCAGAACGGCGCCCGCCCCGCCAGACAACCAGAUCUACACCUCGUGUCCGAUGAAGAUGCCGUCUACGAACAGGAUAUCCUGCGGGACCCAGGGAGCACCAAGCCCUGGCUUGCUUACGUCGAAUUCAAGCUCCAACAUGGCACCGUCCACGAGCAGGCCUUUGUCAUGGAGCGCGCGUGCUUGCAGCUGCCGCGCUCGUACAAGCUUUGGAAGAUGUAUCUGCAGUUCCGAACGAAGCAUGUUGCCAAGCUGAAUGCUGCCAUAUUCGCCGCCGAGUACCGCAAGGUGAACGCCCUCUUCGAGAGGGCCCUUAUCCUGCUGAACAAGAUGCCGCGCAUAUGGGAGCUGUACCUCAAGUUUCUGCUGAAGCAGCCCUUGGUCACCUUGACCCGCCGUACCUUCGACCGCGCCCUGCGAGCCCUGCCUAUCACCCAGCAUAACCGGAUAUGGGCUCUCUUCCGUCCCUUCGCCAACUCGGCCGCUGGGGAAACGGCUGUCAAGAUUUGGAGACGCUACAUGCAGGUCCACCCCGAGGAUGCCGAGGACUUCAUCGAACUGCUCGUCCAAGUAGGCCUGUACACCGAGGCCGCCAAGAAGUACAUCGAUAUCCUGAACAACCCGCGCUACAACAGCAAGCAGGGCAAGGGGCACUAUGAGUUGUGGAGCGAGAUGGUGGAUCUGAUGGUCGAGCAUGCCAACGAGAUCGAGACCGGCCACGAGACCGGCAUUGACGUCGAGGCGAUCAUCCGCAGCGGUAUUGAACGGUUCCCAGACCAAAGGGGGAAGCUGGUCUGCGGCCUGGCAACGUACUGGGUCAGGAGGGGGAGCUUUGAGCGCGCAAGGGAUGUCUUUGAAGAAGGCAUAACGACCGUCAUGACUGUCCGCGACUUUACGCUCAUCUUCGACACGUACACCGAAUUUGAGGAGUCCAUCAUCGGAGCGCUGAUGGAGAUGGCCUCCAACCGGACAGCCCAGGGCGAGGAGGACGAGGAUGCCGACUUCGACCUGGAUAUCCGCAUGAUGCGCUUCGAGCAGCUGAUGGACCGCCGCCCCUUCUUGCUGAACGAUGUGCUGUUACGGCAAAACCCUAACAACGUCGCCGAGUGGGAGAAGCGGGUUGGGCUAUGGGGGGAGAACAAGCAAGAGGUGGUACAGACAUAUACGAACGCGAUUGCGGCCAUCCAACCCAAAAAGGCCGUUGGACCGUUCCACCAAUUAUGGGCAAAUUAUGCCAAAUUCUACGAAAAGGGCGGGGACCUUCGGAAUGCGAGAGUCAUCAUGGAGAAGGCCGUCAAAGUUCCCUUCAAGUCGGUGGCUGAGCUUGCCGACAUGUGGAUCGAAUGGGCCGAGAUGGAGUUGCGCAAUGAGAACUUUGAUGAGGCCGUCAAGAUCAUGGCCAAGGCGGUGCAGGCGCCAAAAAGGUCAACCGUGGACUACUUUGACGAGACGCUCUCGCCUCAGCAGAGGGUACACAAGAGCUGGAAGCUGUGGAGUUUCUACGUCGACCUCGUAGAGAGCGUGUCAACGCUCGAGGAGACGAAGAAGGUGUAUGAGCGCAUAUUCGAGCUGCGCAUUGCCACUCCCCAGACGGUCGUCAACUAUGCCAACCUGAUGGAGGAGCACAAGUACUACGAGGAGUCGUUCAAGAUCUACGAGCGAGGACUCGACCUCUUUAGCUACCCCGUGGCCUUCGAGCUGUGGAACCUCUACCUGACCAAGGCCGUCGACCGCAAGAUCGGCAUCGAGCGUCUGCGCGACCUGUUCGAGCAGUCUAUCGAGGACUGCCCGCCCAAGUUCGCCAAGACCCUCUACCUCAUGUAUGGCAACCUCGAGGAGGAACGCGGCCUGGCCAGGCAUGCCAUGCGCAUCUACGACCGGGCCACGCAGGCCGUGUCGGACGAGGACCGUGCCGACAUGUUCAACUUCUACAUCACCAAGUCGGCCUCCAACUUUGGCCUGCCGUCGACGCGCGGCAUCUACGAGCGCGCCAUCUCGGUGCUACCCGACGAGGAGGCCCGCGACAUGUGCCUCAAAUUCGCCGACAUGGAGAAGCGGCUGGGCGAGAUCGACCGCGCCCGCGCCAUCUACGGCCACGCCUCGCAGUUCUGCGACCCCCGCACCAACCCGGCCUUCUGGACCAAGUGGGAGCAGUUCGAGGUCCAGCACGGCAACGAGGACACGUACCGCGAGAUGCUCCGCAUCAAGCGCUCCGUCCAGGCCCAGUACAACACGGAUGUCAACUUCAUCGCCUCCCAGGCCAUCGCCCGCAGCCAGGCCGCCAAACAGGCCAACGGCGCCGGGGCCACCGAGACGGAGGACCCCGAGGUCGCCGACGCCAUGGAGCAGCUCGAGCGCCAGGCCCGCGCCCCCGUCGGCUUCGUCGCCAGCAGCACGGGCAUCUCGGGCACGCUGGCCCCCGAGGAGCAGCCCGCCGCCCCGGCAAACCCGGACGCCAUUGACAUUGACGGCAUGGACGACGACUGA